AUGAUCGACGAGAAGAACACCGAGCACCACAGUGCGACGGCGAGUGCACGCAGUGGCGGGCGCGAUUUAAAAGACACCAACGCUUUCAAAGUGUUUGAUUUGGUUGCAGGUGGUGUGUGCGUGCGGGAUAUUUGCGACGACGAUGCGCUCAGACAUGUGCCUGAUAUUAUGGACGAUUCGCGUUUUCUAAGGGACGCCUCAUCACCGGAAAAACAAUAUACAACCGCGAGUGCAGUGACUAGUGCGAGUGUGAGCUUUCCGUCGGAUUUAUCUGGACUUGAAUUUAAUGAAGCUUUCCAAACUUAUUCAUUCGAAGGCCUGCUGGCCGACGCUGAGCGAUUUCACAUUGCUUCAUCAUCACCCUCGAGUGAUUCCUGUGAUUUUGUUGAAUUGUUACCAUCAAAUACUCAGAAAAAUAAAGAAUUUAGAGAUGAAGAUGUUGUUAAAGCAGGACCUUCAUGUCUUCAAAGUCAAAUUGAAAGUUUACCGUCGGAUAACAUAAAAUCCAACCGGGAUUCUUCUGAUUCAAGCAGUAAUGAUGAAGAGGAACAAGAUGUGGACGAUGCCAUGGUCCUGGUACCCAAUGAUCCCAUGGAAUGGACUUCUAACAACAUCCUUUCAUGGUUAAAGUGGUGUAAGAAAAAGUUCUGUAUAGAUACAGACAUUCCUACAUCUAAGUUCCCCAAAAAUGGAGUUGAUUUGUGCCUUUUAUCAACUUCUGAUUUUGAAACGCUUUGCGCUGAUUCCUAUGCAGGGAAACUGCUGGCAAAGCACAUUGCACAUCUUAAACAUGCUGUUACCGGAAGACCUUCAAGUCCUCUCAAUGAAAAACUGCAAAUUACAUCUAAAGAAUCGGAAGAUUCGACUUCUUCUGACUUAAAUCCUUAUCAACUCCUCAACGCGGCAUCGUCGCGAUUGGUAGCGCAGGGGUCGGGGCAAAUCCAACUGUGGCAGUUCCUGCUCGAGCUGCUCGGCGAUUCGGCGAACGCGGCGUGCAUCACGUGGGAAGGCACCAAUGGCGAAUUCAAGCUCACCGAUCCGGACGAGGUGGCGCGCCGCUGGGGCGAGCGCAAGUCCAAGCCGAACAUGAACUACGACAAACUCUCACGCGCUCUCAGAUAUUACUAUGACAAAAACAUAAUGUCAAAAGUCCAUGGAAAGCGCUACGCCUACAAAUUUGACUUCCAUGGUCUAAUGGCGGCUUGCCAAGCACAGGCCCAAGGCCAAGGUGAUAUGUUACCUCCCUAUCACAAAUACCAAACCCAUCAAAGUGAACUAGGCACAGCUCUCUACCCAACGACAACUUCAUCGGCUGCAGGGAAACUGCCAGGUCUUCCAUUGCCUCCUCCGCCAGGCACUCAACACAGUCAAAGUUCAUUGUUCCCUGCGUCUACCUACUGGCCCUAUUCACCUGGGUUCGACCCCAGAGGGCCACCAUUCAACUAAUUCAACUAAUGUGAUCUCAACGAUAAACAAACACAUUGUUUAUAGCAUUUUAUAGCAUUUAAUGUUGCUUAAUAUUUAAGUCUACUUGUUUUCCUGUUUUUUCUUUGUUCCUUUUUAGAGCAUAGGUAUACUUAAGUAUUAGCAUUUCAGGGUGUGACCCUUGAUUUAAUACUGCGAUAAGUAUACUUAAGUAUAAAUAUUAAUGCGAUGCAGUUUGGGAUGUCGGGCACUUUUGAUUUACCUAUAUGAAAUAUAAAAAUGUUAGUUGUAAUUGUACAUUCUUUGGGGAUUGACGAGCCAGUGAACGUUUGUAUAAAUUUUGUACAUAGUUUUUAGAAACAACUAGAAAUCAAAUGUUGACGACUAAGAGUAAAGAAAACACUGUAGAUGUAUCAUGUACAUAAAAAAUAAAUGAAUAAAA